GCAAGGACACACGGCCACCGAGCACACGUUACAUCAGUCACCUUCCAACACUCGCCCAGGGAACAACGUGCUCCGCCAGGAACACCCGCACAGCCCACACCCACACCCACAGCCACAGCCACAGCCACCAGAGAGAGCCAUGGCUGCCUUGAGCUUCAGCCCAUCGCCACCGCCCAAGGAGAGUCCCAAGGAGAACGCCAGUCCGGCGCUGAAGGCCACCCUGAAGCCCUUCGGCAAGAUCACCGUGCACAAUGUCCUGAGCGAGAGUGGCGCCAACGCCCUGCAGCAGCACAUAGCCAAUCAGAACACCAUCAUCCGCAAGAUCCGCGACUUUGGCAUGCUGGGCGCGGUCCAGAGUGCGGCGGCGAGUACCACCAACACCACGCCGGUGCCCAGUCAGAGGAAGCGGCCGCUGGGCGAGUCCCAGAAGCAGAAUCAGCAGAACCAGCAGAACCAGCAGAACCAGCAGCCCAGCGGUGGCAAGGCCCCAGUGCCCGCCAAGAGGAGCAAGAGCAGCAAGAAGGCGGCCGUGGAAAAGCCGCCCAAGGCACAGGCCACCACUCAGCCCAGUAAGAUCUCAGCGGAACCCGGUCUGGGCACGCCGGGAAGGAAGGGUUUGCCACUGCCCCAAGCCGUGGCCCGCAGGAAUGCCCGGGAACGGAAUCGCGUCAAGCAGGUGAACAACGGAUUUGCCCUGCUGCGCGACAAGAUUCCCGAGGAGGUUUCGGAGGCCUUCGAGGCCCAGGGCGCGGGCCGGGGGGCCAGCAAGAAGCUCUCCAAGGUGGAGACCCUGCGCAUGGCCGUGGAGUACAUCAGGAGCCUGGAGAAGCUGCUGGGCUUCGAUUUCCCGCCACUCAGCGGCCAGGGCAACAGCUCCGGCUCCGGCGACGACAGCUUCAUGUUCAUCAAGGACGAGUUCGAUGGCCUGGACGAGCAUUUCGACGACUCCCUGAGCAACUACGAGCUGGAGGAGCCCCUGCCGCCGGCUGGCCAGCCAGCCUUGCCAGUGGAGAGCCAGAUUCCCAAUGCGAGCCAGAACGAGAACCAGAGUCCCCUGCAAGCCAGCGAUCUCCUGCCCAGCUUGACCACGCUGAAUGGGAUGCAGUACAUCAGGAUACCGGGCACCAACACCUAUCAGCUGCUGACGGCUGAGUUACUGGGCGAACUGAGCCAGGAGCAGGAGCCACAGGCGGGAACGGGAACGGGAACAGCUGCCUCUGCGGGGCAGCUAUCGCGAUCGUCGCCCGUGCCACAAAAGGUGGCAGGCAGCCCCUGCUCCUCGCCGGUUUCACCUGUCGCCGCAAACGAGCUGCUCUUGCAGGCGUGUGCCGCCCAGCUGCAGCAGCAACUGAUCAAACAGGAAUACGUCAGCGGGGGCAACACUUUGGGUUCCCCGCAGCAACAGCAACAGCAGCAGCAGCAGCCGCAGCAAGUCCCGAUCCUGGGAUCCUCGCCCAUCCUACCCGCAUUCUACGACCAGGAGCCCGUGAGCUUCUACGACAACGUGGUGCUGCCCGGCUUCAAGAAGGAGUUCAGCGACAUCCUGCAGCAGGAGCAGCCCAACAACACCGCCGGCGGCUGCCUCUCCGACGAGAGCAUGAUCGACGCAAUCGACUGGUGGGAGGCGCACACGCCCAAGUCCGAUGGCGCCUCCACCAACCUGUCCAUGUAGCCAAAUGCCAAGUCUAUCUCAGGCCUCUAGAGUUUUUGAAAUCAGCCAAAAAAGGUGCAGGAUUUUGCUGCAUACUUUUGGACACCUUUGCCGGGUGAUUUCGAACCUCCAGAGACUUUCAAAGUUUUUUUUAACCAAGCCUUGACUGAGUCAUUGUGUAAAUAGCAAUCUAAGCGAACAAAACGAGUCUAAGAACCAGAGAGAGUAUGAGAGUCAUCUAGUGAUAUAAACCAAAUCGAAAGACCCUUCGAAGACCCAACCACAACAUAUGAAAUAGUUAACCUGAUAAAGAGCUAAAUGUUGAGCCAGUCGUAGUUUGUAGUCCUUUGCCCCACUUUACUGUAUUUUUACUGUGCUUACUUAAGAACCAAUUUUUUUCAUAGAUUUAAUGUACGAAUGUUGAGUUGAU